GCCUCUGAAACACGACCUCUGUCACGAUUUGGCAGUCAAACGAUAAGUUUUCAAAUCAAACGUCAAAUGCUGACGUUUCUGUUGCUGUCCAACUGUAAACAAUCUCUCACCGGCCCAAGCAAAGGCUCGUGCAAUCUUCACUCCAGCACUUCUUGGCGACCGAUUCUGUGAAUUAUUGUUCGAUUUACCAGUAUUUCUACUCCCGUUUCUUCCAUAAAUGGAGAGCUUUAAUCGCCUGAAUAGAUAUGAAAAGAUUGAUUUCCUGGGCGAAGGACAGUUUGCCACCGUUUACAAAGCGCGGGAUGCAGAGACGAACGAAAUAGUUGCGGUAAAAAAGAUCAAGAUUGGCAACCGAGAGGAAGCCGCCGAUGGUAUCAAUCGGACCGCUUUGAGGGAAAUCAAGCUGCUGCACGAACUGCAACACGACAACAUCAUCGGCUUGUUGGAUGUGUUCGGGCACAAGAGUAAUGUGUCGCUGGUGUUCGAUUUCAUGGACACAGAUCUGGAGAUUAUCAUUAAGGAUCCCAAAAUAAUACUAACCCCGGCCAAUAUCAAGAGUUACAUGAUCCAGACGCUCCGUGGCCUGGAGUACCUGCACAUGCACUGGAUAUUGCAUCGGGAUCUGAAGCCGAAUAAUCUGCUCAUCAGUGGGAGCGGCGUGCUAAAGAUAGGUGAUUUUGGUUUGGCCAAGUUUUUCGGCUCACCCAACCGCAUCAACACGAAUCAAGUCGUCACCCGGUGGUACCGGUGUCCGGAGCUGUUGUUUGGUGCCCGCCAGUAUGGGACGGGGGUGGACAUCUGGGCGGUGGGCUGUAUUUUGGCCGAACUGUUGCUGCGCGUUCCGUUCCUGCCCGGUGAAAGCGAUCUUGAUCAGCUCACACGAAUAUUCCAAGUGUUCGGCACACCUAACGAAACGAACUGGCCCGACGUCAAGUCGUUGCCAGAUUAUGUGCAGUAUAAGUUCUACCCACCCAUUCAACUGCGGGACAUCUUCACAGCAGCAUCGGAAGAUUUACUCGAGCUUGCGAACAAAAUGCUUGCACUGUACCCACUGUACAGAUGUUCCUGUACCGAGGCGCUAAAAAUGGCUUACUUUUCGAACAAACCGGCACCAACGGUCGGUCCCCGGUUACCCAUGCCCGCCAGCUACAAUGCGGCAAGCAGGCAGGAGGAAAAACCAUCACUAAAACGAAAGAUCUUGGACAGUAUUGAUGGUGGAACCGUUCCGAAGCGUUUGCAAUUCUGAUCGAAGCUGGAGAGGCAAAUGGAAAUCUGUGUGCGACAUCGCAAUAAACAGUUGUAAAUAA